AUGAAUAAACUAUCAACGUUUAGAGUUAACGAUAGUUAUAAACUAUUCGAAUUAACCAAGAGUCUAAACAAAAGUAAAUUCUUUAAGAAUUUCUUGAAUGAUAGUCAGCAUAAAUUAUUGAAUUUCAUUAUAAAUUUAAAUAAUUUCAAAAUCUGGGAUAACUUUUUACAAGGUAACUGUUAUAUUGAAUUAUUUAAAGAUGAUGAUUUUUAUAAAUUGAUAGAAGAACAAAAGGCCAAAGAAGAAGAAGAAGAAGAGAAAGAAAAAGAGAAAGAAAAGGAAAAAGUCGAUGAUAAAGAUAAAGAAAAAGAACACCACAAAGAUAAAGAGAAAGAGACAACUGAAGAAGAUUAUGAAAUUGAUAUUGAAGAUGGAUUGAAAACUAUUAAGAGGUUAGCUUUACAUGUAAGAUAUUUACUUUGGGAAAAAGCCAUCGAUUUUUAUUACGAUACUAAAGAUGUAGAUGAAACUACCAAUACCAUAGAAGAAGUUAAUGAUGAUUAUGCAUUAUUAGAAAGUCUCGAUAACCUUCAACAAGAAGAUGAAGACAAAAUGGAAGUUGACAAAGAACCUACCAAACCAUCAGUCAGAGAUGAAGAAGAUGAUUAUGACGAUGAAGAAGAAGAGGAAGAAUCAGUUAAACCCGAUGAAAAAAUACGAGAUUCAACUUCUGAAGAUUUAAAAUUCAAUGACGAUAAUCAAUUGAUUUUAGCCUUACCUAUGUCGAUAUUUGUUAAAGAUGAAGAUCAAGAAAAUAGUCUAGAAGACCAAGAAAAUUUGAUCAAAGAAUUCAAUAAAGUGUACCAUAAUUUUGAAUAUGAUAGAGAAACAUUAAUUAAACGUAGAAAGCUUGAAAAGUCUGAUUUGAAACUAGAGAAAAAUUCCCAACCUGUCCAUACCAACAAACCUGAAGUUAAAAAUACAAGUAACGUUGAAUUUGCAUUUGCAACUGGUUCGUCAUUGAAACAUUUAUUGAAUACUAUUCAAUCACAAAGGGAUCAAAUUCCAUUAAAUGAUUAUGAAUUGAGAACUUUAUUCAUGGAUGUGAAGAAAAAUAGAGGGAAAUGGGCCAGUGAUGAAAGAAUAGGUCAAGAAGAGUUAUACGAUGCCUGUGAAAAAGUUGUUUUGGAAUUAAGGAGUUAUACCGAACACUCUACCCCAUUUUUGAAUAAGGUGAGUAAAAGAGAAGCUCCUAAUUAUGGAUUAAUCAUUAAAAAACCGAUGGACUUGAAUACGGUGAUGAAGAAAUUGAAGAACUUACAAUAUAAUUCAAAACAAGAAUUUGUUGAUGAUAUAAUGUUGAUUUGGUCAAAUUGUUUGACUUAUAAUGCUGACCCUAAACAUUUCUUGAGAGUUCAUGCUUUAGCAAUGCAGAAGAAGGCAUUGAAAUUAGUUCCUCAUAUACCCAAUAUCACCAUAAAAAAUCGAAGUGAAUUGGAAAAAGAAGAAGAAAAGGAUGAAAUCGAUGAAGCAGGAAAGGGGAAAUCUUCAAAGAAAGGUAGAAAACGUACUAGAAAUGAAGAAAUCAAGUUGGAACAUGAAACCCUCGAUUCUCCUGAUAGUGGAGUUGCAACUCCAGUUGUAAUUGAAGAAGAAAAAGAAAAAGUUUCUGAAACUCCAAUAGAACCAACUCCUAUACCCGAUGAAGCAACUGCUACUACUGGGGCUGCCAAUGCUAACGGGGAAGAGGAAGAAGAGGAAGACGAUAAUGAUGAUGAAAAUGAUGAAAAUAAUAAUCAAAAUGAAGCUGAUGAAAUAGGACCUGAAUUACAAGCUUGGAGGACUUUAACUGCUAAAUCUCGUGCUAAUUAUUGUGCUGCCAGAGCAAAAUUGUUUGAAGAUUCAGGAGAUGUUGAAGAUCUUGAGAAUCUCAUCGUCAAUGGUAAUGGAUUAAAUGGGGAGAAGUCAAUCAAAUUGAAUAUGAAUGCCCCAGCUAUAAUUCGUGAACCAAGUGAAAUGGCUAAUUUUAAUAAUUAUAUAAGCAAUCAGGUUGUUUCGAAAGGAUCAUUGUUAGAUAAUGAUGAACCUUAUUUAUUGGAAUAUGAUAUAUCUGGAGGAUUACCUGGAAUUAAAUAUGAAGGUAUUGAUGAUGAAAUUCAAGAUAAACAAGAAAAGAAAGUCAUUGAUUCGUAUAUUAAUAACAAGAUGGAAUUAUCAACCUCAGGGUUUUCAAUGUCAACAGAAAAUGGAUUGAAUUCCAUUUAUUUCCAAAAUAUCAAUCAAAUGCAAGAAAUAAGGAAAAUUUGUUUCAAGAUUUCCUUGAUAAGACAAAUGCAAACACAACAAUUUGUUCAUCAUACUCAAAUGAGACAGCCUGAAAUAGAAACAUUGAAGGAAAUUGAUAUCGAUCCAAUAUCUAAAUUAGAUAACCACGAUCCUCAUAAUAGAGACAUACAAUUCCAUGUUUUAAGGAGAAACGUUGGGAAAAUAGCUAUGCAAACAGGUUUUGAAAUCACCGAAUCAAGUGCUAUCAAUACUUUGACUCAAUUAGCUGAAAAGUAUAUGAGUAAUUUGAUCAAAUCUUUAAAAGUUCAUCGAGAAUCAUCAUCCUCAAAUAAAUUAGGUUCUGAUGAGAGUCUAUUGGUAACAUUAAUAGAAAAUGGUAUUAACAAACCUGAUGACUUAUAUACUUUCAUCAAUGAGAAAUUGAUUAACCAAUUAACUAAGUUGAAGGAUUUAAGAUUAAAACUUUCUAAUUUCUUAAAAGAAUUGUUAAGACCAGGAUUGGAAAAUUUCAAUGAAAAAUCUUUCAAUGAUAAUAGUGAACAAUUCAUGACUGGUGAUUUCUCCAAUGAUUUAGGUGAUGAUUUCUUUGGUUUCAAGGAAUUAGGACUCGAUAAAGAGUUCAAUAUGUUAAGUUCUUCGAUUCCUAUCUAUUUAUUACAUUCAAGACUUAAUAAUUCAUUUAAUUCUAACGGAAGUACCAUUAAGGCUCAUAAGUUUGAUGAUUUGAAAGAUUUUAAAGUCAAUAAAUUAUAUGGGAAUGAUAUUUCAGCACAAGUUGAAAUAUUAAAACCAUUUUAUACUAAAUUAUUAGAGAAGUCUAAAGCUCAUUUUGUUAAACAACAGAAAAAGAAUGGUUUAAGUACAGAAAUACCUGAAUUAAGUAAAUUGCCUUUAAUUGAUGAUGAAGAAUUACCUCAAAAACAACGAAACAUACGACCAAGAUUACCACCUACAGGUAAAAUCACUGCUAUCAAAAAGAAACCUUUAAUAGGAUCUUUCUUUCUUGAAGAAGAAGAAGAACCUUUACCAAUGGAAUCUCAAGAAAUUGAUGCUGAUAACGAAGAUCCUUUUGGAAUUAACCAAGAUAUGGAACUUGAUGCCAAUGAAAUUGAAAACAUGAUGAACGAUAUGGAAUAA